AUGAAGUUCGCCACUGCCGCCGCAGCUGUGCUGCCGUUCGCUUCCGCCGCUAUGUACACGAAGGAAGAGUACAAGUCUGGUGUGGUCAUGGCCGAGAUGAGGGCUGAGAAGGAGGCACAAUGGGCUGUCCACCGUGCCCGUGGCGACUACGACUCCAAGAAGUGGAGCAACUUCGGUGGCAAGGGUCCCAAAGGAGACCGCGUCAAGUGCAUCAACGGCAAGGCAGAAGCUGUCAAGGGCGAUCCACUCCAGACGUUCAGAUGCAAGGACAUUGAUAUGUAUGACUUCAAGUCUCAUGCCGAGCUUGGGUCUGCUACUGGCGAGGGAUCCGGCUCUUGGGGCUGGACCGACAAGCACUCCCGCCGUGAAUUCAUCGCCAUCGGCCAAGAAGACGGCACCGCCUUUGCAGAAGUCACAAAAGCCGGUAAGCUCGUCUACGUCGGCCGUCUCCCACAACAAUCCUCCCCAUCGAUCUGGCGUGAGAUCAAGGUCAAUGGCGAUUACCUCGUCGUCGGCUCUGAAGCGGUCGAUCACCAAGUCCAGAUCUUUGACAUGCGGAAGCUCUUGAAGCUGGAUCCAAAGAACCCGAAGACCUUCAGCACCCAGACCGAUCUUACUGGACUGUUCACGGAUAUGCCGGUCGGAAGGUCGCAUAAUAUAGUGGCCAACGAAGAGCUGAACUAUGCCGUUGCUGUUGGCUCGGCGCCGAGGAAUAGCAGCUGUGCUGCUGGUUUGAUCUUCAUUGACAUGAAGGACCCAUCCAAGCCCUUCUCACCAGGCUGCGCGCCUCAAGACGGCUACGUCCACGACGCCCAAUGCAUCGUCUACCGCGGCCCCGACAAGAAAUACAACGGCCGCGACAUCUGCUAUGGCUACAACGAGGACACCCUCACCAUCUACGAUGUGACCAACAAGCAAGGCCCCAACGCCUCCACCAUAAUCUCCCGCACCCCCUACAAAGGCGCCUCAUACACUCACCAAGGCUGGGUCCUGGACCCAAUGUGGCAAACCCACCUCGUAAUGGACGACGAACUCGACGAGGGCUCCGUCUCCCCAACCCGCGCAAACCCCGAAUCCCCCGCCCUCGAUGGUUUCCCCGUCACAUACAUCUGGGACAUCACAUCCCUCGAGGCACCCAAGAACACAGGUUUCUACAAAUCUGGCGUGCGCAGCGUGGACCACAACCAAUACGUCUACGACGGCUUAGCCUACCAGUCCAACUACGGCGCUGGCCUCCGCAUUCUGGAUGUCUCCACCAUCCCUGAGAAGCCAGACGGCUCUGCUGUUGAGGAGAUUGCCUUCUUUGACAUCUACCCCGAAGAUGAUGCGAUGCCCGGCGGAGGAGCUCCUUUGUAUGCCGGAACUUGGAGCCAUUACACGUUCCCCAGUGGAUACGUAGUGGUGAACACGAUUGAGAGGGGUCCAUAUGUGGUGAAGAUGAGCAAGUUCGCAGGACGGGGCAAGGGGAGGAGGUAUGUGAAGCGUGGACCGACAGUUUAG